UUGUUCAUCCUUUUUGUAACCCUAUUCUAUUGUGGAGCCUAAGACUAAGAAAUUUCUCUUAAUUCCCUCUAAUAUGUAAAAAUUGAUGAGCACUUGUGAUGUGUACUUGCCACCAUUGUCAAACUUGAGGCAUUUGAUUUGCUUCUUUGUCUGCCUGUCCACCUUGGCUUUCCACUCCUUGACAAUAGAGAAUACCUCUAACUUUUAUUCAUGAAAUACACCCAAACUUUCCUGGAGUUCAUUGAUAAAACUCACAAAGUAUCUAGCUUUACCUUUUGUUGGUACUUGUGCUAGACCCCAUACUUCUGUAUGUACAUGUUUUAGCAUCUUUUUGCUCUUAUGUGAGGAUAUUUUAAACUAGACUUGAUUGUGUAUCCCAAAGGCACAAAAUUCACAAAAGUCAAUCUUACACUGUUUAACACCUUCCAAUAGCUUCCUUUUAUGGAUGUUCUUUCAUGCAUGGUUCAUCCAUAUGCUUUAGUUGUAUGUGCCAAAGAAUAGAUAUAACUAUGCUUGACUUUAAAGAGACUAUAGAUCCCAUAGCUAUACUACUCAUUAGCCCGUAUAAGUUGUUCUCAAUCUGUUUCCAUUUCAUCACUAUGAUAGCACAUUUGGAAAUCUUGAGAAUUUCAUUGCUUGUAGCGGUAGAAAAUCUAUGCAAGGUCUUUUCUAACUAUCCUAGUGAGAUCAAGUUCUAUCAUAAUUUUGGAAUAUGUUAAACAUUUUCCAAAUUUCUAUCAACACCACCAAGCAUCUUAACCACCAUUAUCCCCAUCCCCACAACCUUACAAAAAUGCCCAUCACUCAACUUAACACUUGCAACCUCAUAAUUUUCAUAUCUACGAAACUAGUAUGUAUGUGUAGUAUAAUGAGAAGAAUAAGCUAAAUCUAAGGUCUAGGUGGAAGUGUAUGUACCUUUUCUUACUGUAGAUACCACCAUCAAGUCUUCUUCAUUUAAAGUUUCUAACACUAUACUUGCUCAACCUCAUAAUUUUCAUAUCUAUAAAACUAGUAUCUAUGUGUAGUAUAAUGAGAAGAAUAAGCUAAAUCUAAGGUCUAGGUGGAAGUGUAUGUACCUUUUCUUACUGUAGAUACCACCAUCAAGUCUUCUUCAUUUAAAGUUUCUAACACUAUACUUGCUAAACUUAAAGAACUACCUUUCCAGUCUUCCUUUCCUUGGUUCUUCAGCAUUAGGCAAUCUUUCUUGAAGUGGCCCUUCUUAUGACACUUAAAACACUCCACUUAUUGGCAUUUGACUUGGACCUUAACUUAGAGUUUCCCCUGGACUGAUUUUGGUCCCUUUCUUUACCACUUACACGUUCAUAGCUCACCAAUCCCUCUUGGAAUUAUCUAAAUCUAACUUUUGCAUUAUAUGAUAGCAUUUGAAUGUUUUCGUGACCUUCUCAUACUUCAGAUCCUCCUACUAAAUAUCAAUAUAGUUGUUGGGUGCCCAAAUGGUGGUGGUAGAGAGCAAAAAAGGAUUAAGUGUUUUUCUUCAUCACUCAACUUAACAUCCACAUGUAACAAGUCACAGACCUUUUCAUUGAAUUGGGCUAUGUGCUCACCAAGGACUGUUCCUUCCUCCAUCCUGAAGAGAAACAAGUCAUGCUUCAUGAUCCAUAGCCAAACCUAUCACUUUCUUCAUCACCACAAAGUCAUGAACAUAAAAAAAUGAGGAAAGAACUCAAUUAAAUAAUUAAGUGCCUUAAUGAUUUUGCGAAGAAAUAAGAGAUUAAAUUUAAAGGAAGGAACUUAAAGAACAUUGUCUAAAUGCAUUUGAGAACUAAAUUUACAAGAACCAAGGUGAGUCAUAAGAACUUGAUCUCCAUUUGGUAAUCAUGAACAUUGGUUAAGAAAUCUAACAAUUAGUGAUAUGAUCGGUGCAAUUUGAAUCAAUAAUUCAAUGGUUAUUAGAAUGAGAGGAAAAACAAGUAAUUAUACCUAUGAAAAUGAAAUGAUGAUUAGAGGAAUUUAAAGAAUGUGGUUGUGCUGAAGCUAGGAAUUGAUGAAUUUGUUCUUGAGUAAAGGGUGCGUUAGGGUUUGAACUAGAACUAGACAUGCCUUGGUUGAAUCAUUAAUCUUUUGUGUUAUUGUUUUAUUUUAUUUUAUAAUUGAAGUAAUAGAUUUAUCUCAACAAUUUGGGGCGAAAGGUAAAGUUUUAAUUUUAGAAUGCAAUAAUUAAGAAUAACAAUUAGUUAUCGAAAAGGUAAAGCUUUUUAUGGAUUUAUAUUUUUGCAACGCUACUUGUCAUCAAGUAACUUUCUUUGUUUUUCUUGUAGGGUUGCUCCCUUAUUUACUCGCUUUCCUUGUGCUAUAUCGUGUGGCAUUAUGCCUUUGUGGGACACUAUGUGUUAUCUCUUUUUUGAUCUACAAAUGGAAAAGAAGGCAUUUAUCAAUGUAUGAUAACAUUGAAGAAUUUCUUCAAGGUCACAAUAAUUUCUUACCAAUUAGAUAUUCUUACUUUGAUAUCAAAAGGAUUACAAGAGGUUUUAAAGACAAAUUGGGUGAAGGAGGUUAUGGCCUUGUAUAUAAAGGAAAGCUUCGUAGUGGUCAAUUGGUGGCAAUAAAGAUAUUGGGUAAGUCUAAAGCUAAUGGACAAGAGUUUAUCAAUGAAGUAGCUACUAUUGGAAGAAUUUACCAUGUUAAUGUGGUUCGCCUUAUUGGUUUUUGUGCUGAGAGAUCGAAACGUGCUCUUGUAUAUGAAUUCAUGCCUAAUGGAUCUCUUGAUAAACAUAUAUUUUUACGAGGAGGCAGUUCCCCAAUAAGCAUUAAAAAAAUGUAUGAAAUUUCCCUUGGAGUCGCUCAAGGAAUUGAAUAUCUUCAUCGAGGUUGCAACAUGCAGAUUUUGCAUUUUGAUAUCAAGCCACAUAAUAUUCUUCUUGAUGAAAGUUUUAUUCCAAAAAUUUCAGAUUUUGGACUUGCCAAGUUAUAUCCACCAAAUAAUGAUGUUGUUUCUCUCACAGCAGCAAGAGGAACUUGGGGUUAUAUGGCUCCAGAGUUGAUCAACAAAAAUCUUGGAGGUGCAUCUCAUAAAGCUGAUGUAUAUAGUUUUGGGAUCUUAUUGAUGGAAAUGGUUGGAAGAAGAAAGACCUUGAAUGCAUCUACUGAACAUUUAAGCCAAAUUUACUUUCCUUCAUGGGCUUAUGACAAACUCAGUAAAGGAAAGGAUGUAGAAUUGGGAGAUGUUUCAGAUGAGGAGAAGAAAAUAGCAAAUAAGAUGGUUCUAAUAGCACUAUGGUGUACUCAGUUGGAACCCAUUCAUCGUCCAUCAAUGCAUGAAGUUAUAAAGAUGUUUGAAGCAGAGUUUGAAACCCUAGAAAUGCCUCCAAAGCCUUUACUUUCACUACAAGACAAGAAAAAAGAGGAUAUUGAAAUCAACGUAAAUGCUAUAGGGCCAACAAGUACCCCAGCAGGUGAUUGUAUGGAUUCAGUUAGUUUGGUUGCAAAUGCAUAUUAAACUAUGUUUGUUAUUAUCCAACCAUGUAAUGUUAUUGAUAAAACAAAUUAACUUGUUUGUUUAUUAUAGAUGUUAGUGUUAUAUAUUAUUGAUUUCCUUAUUGAUAAAGCA